AUGCUUGAGUCCCGCGAUCGGGCGCAGCCGCGCUUCUUGGGCGCGACUGGCGCGGGGCCCGGGGCAUCGCGGGACGACGGGCAUCGGAGGCGAACAAGCGCCGGAGGCGGACGGGCGCCGGAGGCUGGGCGGCGGCGAUGGAGGCUGGCGGCGACUGGCCAUGCUCUUAUGGCUUUCAUGCUUUCCCGCCAAGAGGGGAAACUGAAUCGUCAACAGACCAUGGAGCUGGGGCACCACAUCCUCAAAGCACACAUCUUCAAGGGCCUCAGUAAGAGAACAGGUGUGUCAUCCAGUGUGCUGCAGGCUUUGUGGAUUAGCUGCAGUGCCGAUGGCCUUUCUGCAGCCUUGGCCUCCCUGAGGAAUCUCUACACACCCAACGUUAAGGUGAGCCGCCUGCUGAUGCUGGGUGGGGCAAACGUGAACUACCGUACAGAGGUCCUGAACAACGCGCCAGUGCUUUGCGCCCAGUGCCACCUCGGUCAUCAGGAAAUUGCCUCCCUGCUGCUCGAGUUCGGGGCCAGUGUAGAUGUGGUGUCUGAAAAUGGCAUGAACCCCCUCUGCUUCUCAGCCGCUGCAGGGCACUUGGGACUAGUCAUGCUGCUCUGUAAGAGGGGGGGCAAGGUUAAUCAUGUAGAUAAGAGUGGUCAGUGUGCACUGGUCCAUGCUGCUCUCCGAGGACACCCAGAGAUUAUCCAGUACCUGCUGGAGCUAGAAUGGAGUUCUGAGGGGCAGCAGCAGGACUGCGCUCUGAAGAACAAAGCUCUUCAGCAGGCUUUAAUAGCAGCCUCCAGCAUGGGACACACACAGGUUGUGAGAGGCUUGCUGGUGUUGAAUAAUGAGCAUGCUGUGCAAGUUGAUAGCCACGACACUCUGUGGGGAGAGACAGCCUUGACGGCAGCAGCAGGCAGGGGGAAGAUGGAGGUAUGCAGCUUCCUGCUGGAGCAGGGGGCAUUGGUGCAGCAGGUCAACCGGCGGGGGGUGUCUCCUCUAUUCUGCGCUGUCAGACAGGGACACUGGCAGAUUGCAGAGCUACUGUUGCAGCACGGUGCUGAUAUUAACAUCAGCGACAAGCAGGGCAGGACCCUACUCAUGGUGGCUGCCUGUGAGGGUCACCUGAGCACUGUAGAGUUUCUGCUUUCUAAAGGUGCAUCUUUGACUUCGAUGGACAAGGAGGGACUGACACCCCUGAGCUGGGCAUGUUUAAAAGGACAUAAGAAUGUAGUGCAGUUUUUGGUGGAGAAAGGUGCGGUCAUCGACCAUACGGACAAAAACGGACGAACUCCACUGGACCUCGCUGCCUUCUAUGGAGAUGCAGAGAUUGUCCAGUAUUUGGUGGAGAGAGGAGCAGUGAUAGAGCACGUGGACUACAGUGGGAUGAGGCCUCUGGACCGGGCCAUAGGCUGUCGGAACACGUCGGUGGUGGUGACUCUGCUGAAGAAAGGGGCCAAGCUGGGGAACGCCGCAUGGGCUAUGGCUACUUCCAAGCCGGAUAUCCUGAUCAUCCUCCUUCAGAAGCUGAUGGAGGAGGGAAACCUACUUUACAAGAAAGGGAAGAUGAAGGAGGCAGCCCAGAGGUACCAGUACGCCCUGAGGAAGUUUCCUAGAGAAGGCUUUGGCGAUGACCUGAAGGCAUUUAAAGACCUGAGGGUCUCUCUGUACCUUAAUCUCUCCCGCUGUCGCAGAAAAACCAACGAUUUUGGGAUGGCUGAGGAGUUUGCAACAAAAGCACUGGAGCUGAAACCCAAAUCCUAUGAGGCCUUCUAUGCCCGCGCAAGAGCUAAAAGAAGCAGCAGGCAGUUUUCGGCAGCCCUGGCUGACCUGCACGAAGCAGCCAAGCUGUGCCCCAAUAACCGGGAAAUCCGUCGUCUGCUUGCUCGAGUAGAGGACGAGUGUAAACAGAUGCAGCGCAGCCAGAUCAAAGGUGGCCUCGCUGGGGCUGCAGCUGCUUCCAGCCAGGCGUCAGGAGGCCACGAGUCUGACCAGGAGCAAGACGAAGGACAGGAGGACUCUUCAGAGCACUGUCGUGCCAGGAGGGUGGAAGGACAAAGAGACAUCCUGGAAGAGGAAGAAGACGAGGAGGCCUCGCUGCACAACAGGACAACAGAUGCCUGCUGGUCACAGCACAGUUAUUCCUACAACAGAGUCUUACCCUCUGAGCCCGUCAGCAACAGUUUGGGACAUCAGAGUCAGAGCCCCAGUUCCCCCCCAGGCCCCGGCAGGCUCCCCCUCCACCGUUACCCUCGAGAGCACCGGGAGGAGCUGGCCCAACAGGGUCUGGUCCUGCAGCCCACCAAGCAGGCCCAGAUAGUCAAGACCAACCAGCAUAUGAGCUCCAUGGGGGGAGGGUCCAAAUCUCAGUACGCUCCCUCCAGUCCCUUACCGAGCAGACACAUGUCCAGUAUGCUGAAGCCGGGCCCAGGUAUCGACAUCAGCCCUCUGCCGCCCCCAGCUGACGAGCCUGUAUACGGGAACCGCGUGUCGCUGGCAGCUGCCUCCACCUCCAUGGGUCACAGUUGUGAAAGUGAGAGCCUCCAUUCCUCCCAGGCUUCCUACUUAUCAUGCAGCAGCUCCAAGGGUCUGGGGCAAGACAGGUUGUCAGCCCACUCCGCAUCCUCCCUGGAUGGAUUGGCCGGCUCUGGUCCCGGACCCCAGGGAAACCACACUGAGCCAGGAAAGGAUGGGAUGUGUGGCGCAACAGGAUCACAGGGAGGAGGCAGCAGCAUGCGCGUGUCCAGUUCCACCAGUAGCCUGGCGUCCAGCAGCAGCCUAUCAGACAGCGGCAAGCUGGGACCUGAUGUCCGCACCAAGAUCUCUGACAAAUCAAAGCACAGCCAACAGGCCAGUUCUGCAUCAGAGUACAAACCCAGACCCUUCAUGGGCAUAACGGACAAGACCGCACGCUUUCUCCAGCAGCAGCAGCAGCAGCAGCAGCAGCAGCCCCACGGCUUGCAAAGUCACCCGAGCCUGCAGUCUGCCGGCCGCGGCUGGCUGAACCACUCGUCCGACGGUCUGGUGUGUCACAACACGUCAGUAAUGGGCCUGUUGCCUGUCGACUGUGAGCUGCCUUACGCCAAAACAGUGAGCACUUACCAGGAGCAGCACAAACCUCCACCACCUCAGGGUGCUAUGGCAAUGAGUAGCUUACAAAACGGCAUGCACGCCAAGGAAUUCACAGAGAAGUUCUGCCAAGCCACCAACUGUUACAAAGAGUCCAAGCCAGCUCUGGCGAUGCCGCACACGUUCAUGGACAGUAAGCCCAAGCAGCCUGGCCUAGCCCGAGAUAAUCCUGCCAUUCACGUAGCUUCAAUGAAACCAAAGCGAUCAUUUAUAGAGUCAAAUGUGUAGAGAGGUUUGUUUUAUCUCUCAUACAGUCCACAACGCACACAAGCAAAAAUCUAAAGAGUGAGGAGUUGUUCCAAUUUUUUUAAACCAAACCCAGUAGUCCCACUUUUAAGCCUGUAAGAAGUACACUUUGCAAGCAGUUUGUUUUCCUGUGUGACUACAGACUGCAGGCAGUGUACCGAAUGCUCCAAAUUGUUCUCCUCCCAACCUGUCGCUUGUGGCUGUCAGCUUCUGUUACAUGACAACAUGUCCGCCGUCAUUCAGCCAAGCUGGAGACAUUGCACUGAAGGAAGUAUUUGGACAUGUAGUGUUGAGUCCUCAUCAACACAAUGGUGACAGUGAGCACUUUAUACACACACUUAGGCCGCUCAAGUUAAACUUAAACAACAUAUUCAGCUACAGCAUAAUGUUAUUACAGAAUAGUUCUGAAUGAGUGAAAUGGGGUUUGAACUGUGUUCAUUACAUCCAUGGUGCUGAGACAGGAGAAAUAAAGAAGAGAAAGUGCUCAGUGAAGGUGUAAGAAAGUCUAAAAGGACGGGCAUUCCUGUGUUUUACGAAGGAUGUUAUAGAUCCUCUGGUGUAUAUUAUAUAAAUAGUUUUCCCUCUUUUCAGUGAAGAUCUAUGUUAAGUGUAUUGACAAGUUCAGACUUGUGUAUUUUGAGUUUUAUGCACAAUGUUUAAAUGGUGUUAAAAGUUCUAAAAAAGCAUUUGUUAAUGUGUUAUACAUUAUAUAAAUCACCAUUAACAUUGGAUUCCUUUCUGUAUCUGCUUGUUGUUGCUGUCUAGUUUAAUUUAUUUACAGCGCCAAUGGCUUGGUUAAUUGUAAAAGCAAUAUAUUUUAUAUAGUUAUUUUUGCACAGCUAUUAAGACAUUUAAUGAUUCUCAAUGUUGAGUUUGCGUAUGCUACAAUUGCAGUUUAUAUUACAGAGACAAAUCUAUAAAAACAAAUGGUUUUGGGGCACAGUGCUAUCAGCUCUAUUUUAAUAUGUACAUUAAAUGCAAUUGUUGCCAUGUUUCCAGUAUUGUGAGCUUUAUUAGCUGUGAUCAUACUGUAAUAUAACAUUACUGCCAUAUCCACCAUGGGAGAGAAAUAAAGACCCACUGAGGCAAAAAAAAAACAGGUCUGCUGACU